GGCGCUCUCUCCCCUUUCGAAAUGGGGAAGGAGGGGUAGCUGAGGGGGGAGGGGGCACACGUGGGGCAAUGUUCAGGUGUGAGCGUUGGCCUUGAGUUAGACAGGAGUCGGCAGCCGGACAGCGUGGCAGGCAUUGAGCAGGUCGGUGCUCUGUAAAAGGGGCCCCUGACCGCAAACCAUGGACAAAACAUAUUAGGAUCAUCCCCCCCCCGGCAAAGCAAACAGACCAGGACGACAGCCAGCAAAGCAACAACAACAAAAAAAAAAUCCUAAAAGAAAACAAAAAAAAAAAAGAAACGUGAAGAAUGGUUGCAGAGGAAGUCAUAAUUACUUUAUCAGGUGGUGCGCCAUGGGGCUUUCGUCUCCAGGGAGGAGCUGAACAUCAGAAGCCGCUGCAGGUGGCAAAGGUGAGGAAGCGUAGCAAAGCCUGCAGAGCUGGGCUUCAGGAAGCUGAUGAGUUGGUAUCAAUCAAUGACCAGCCGUGUGGGACGUUAUCUCACGCUCAGGCCAUGAACCUCAUCGACAGCUCCCCGGGGAUUCUUCAUAUUCGUGUCAAAAGAGCUCCUGUAGGUUUCCAGUCAGUCGUACUUGUGACACGUGCGCCAUCUCCUCGCAUUGACAAAGAAUACAGAGCCGCCCUGCGUGCCAUGUCUCCCACCCAGCCUCAGCACGCACCUGUCCGCGAGGUUCACCGGAGCCGCUCGUCUCUGACCAGCGGGCUGACAUCUCCGCCCGGGAGCGAGGCUUACUACGGCGAGACAGACAGCGAUGCAGACGUGGCCGGCUAUGAACGGCAACGCCGCCAGAAACGACGAAGUCCAAGUAAUUCGGUCCCCGCCAAACCCACGGGCCGAGCGUCUCCUGAGGGAGGGGAGACGUCAGAGAUGAGCGGCUAUGAUAGUGCUCCUGAUGCGCACAUUUAUCAUCCAAUAUUAGAAGGACGAAAAGCAAAUGGAGGUGGAGGAAAUGGGUUACCGGGGGUGGCACGCAGGGAGGUCGUUUAUCAGCCUCCAGGGCCAGGUAUGUGGUCAUCUCAGACCUCCACCGAGACGUCGUCCAUUAUCUCCUCAGCAGACGACCAGGGACCACGGGACGGGGUCCAAGAAGAUGACAGUGGUUUCCUUGAGCCAGCAAAUGUGCCGUUAGUGUCUCCGGAGAGGGCCAAAGAGGCUCUGAUGCUCGGCUCCAGGAGUCAGCUCGUGCCAAUGGUGGGGCCACUUAGCAAACCUGUAGAUGAGGAGCUUUCCAAAACAUACAUGGAAAAAGCAAAGCAAGCAAAACUGAACAGAGGGGACACAGCGCAAGACAAAAAUGUAAAAGAAGCCAAAAGCAAGUGUCGAACUAUUGCAUCUCUACUGACUGAUGCCCCUAAUCCACAUUCUAAAGGUGUGCUCAUGUUCAAGAAGAGACGCCAGCGCUCCAAAAAAUACACCUUAACCAGCUUUGGCAGUGUUGACGAGGAUCGAUGUCAUGACUCGCAGGAAGAGGAUGGAGUGUUCCCCGGUAGCGAGUCAGAGUUUGAUGAAGAUGGGUUCUCCUCAGUUCCUGAUCCAACAUGGGACAGUGAUUAUAUAGAUAUGUUAGAGAAAAGGGCCACAGCGGGAACAGAGGGGCGUGGAGACGGGGCGGAAGAUGCUCCAAGUCCAGGGUUGAGUGACAUAUCAGGAAAGGGGGCACAGCUGUUUGAGCAGCAGAGAAAGAGAGCUGUGGAGCACGCCAAGAAGAUAGAAGCGGCACAACAGCAGGUCUCUCCUCAGCCGCAGGUCCAGGAGCAGCCGGAAAUACAUCAGGUGAGCACGGUUAUGUCUCCACAAAUGCACGCGCAUCAACCACAGCCAAUGAUGUCAUCCGGCCCACCCAUGAUGUCGUCUGGCCCACCGAUGAUGUCGUCUGGCCCACCUAUGAUGUCGUCUGGUCCACCAAUGAUGUCGUCUGGUCCACCAAUGAUGUCGUCUGGUCCACCAAUGAUGUCGUCUGGUCAACUUGGGGUCCAGCAGGUGUCACAACCUGUAACCUCUCCAGCUAAAGCUCCAGUUUAUACAAUAAAUCUCAUGGCUUCUCCACCUGUAGCACCAAAACCAAGCACUGCUCCUAUAACCGUUCUUGGUACCCCAGAACCCCCCAGUGAGACCCCGUUACCAGAACAACCAGCGAGCAGUGUGCUGAACCGAACAGCGCGUCCAUUCACACCAGGAUUCAUCAGUAUCCGAGCUUCAACCGCGCCAGUACCCUUCCGACCACCUGUCACCAAAACGAGCCAGAGGCCAGCCUCAGCUGCUGUGAUGGCACCUUUUCCAACAACCUCGGAGGUUAGUGUUCAUGUUCCACCACCAAUGUCACAGUUACCCUCUGUACCCCCAUCUGUAAUUCCCCCACACGGACCACCCAGCAUGCCUUUGGCUCCAGAAAUUCCCGCAGCUCCUUAUCAGCCAGUCUUCUCUACCUCAGCACAAACUUUACAGGCAGCACCACCGAUCACAGCAGUCCAUCAAGCUCAACUGGUCACAAUUCCCCCACUAUCUGUGCACACAAUUCCCACAGCUCCACAAGUACCCAUGCCCCCACCAAGUCUUCCACCAAUGCCGCAAACAGUUCCCAGUGCUCUGGCGCCCCCUGUGGCGACAGCAGUGCCCCAGAUGACCCAUGUGCCUGUGGUCCCAGUGUCUGUCGUUUCUCAGGCAGAACCAGUUCCGCCCACUCCUGUUCCUGGAUCCGCAGGCCGCACCGGAAUCUUACUGGAUUCAAUGCGGCGCGGAGGCAAACCCAAACCAAUGUUUACUGUGCCGGAAGUUAAAAAACAUUCACCUAAUCCUGAACUUCUCACCAUGGUGCAGAACCUUGACGAGAGAUCAACCAGACAAAGAUAUGGCCAAAGCUCUGAAGCAUACGCUGAAGAAAUACAAGACCAGAGUGCUGAUUCUGACCGGCACCCUCCUCCUGUAGCACCUAAGCCGAAGGUUAUCCACGAAACAACACCCAUCCUACAAGCAGAAGGUAAAGGGGCCCAGUUAUUUGCAAAAAGGCAAAGUAGAAUGGGUAUGUAUGUGGUCGAUACCCCACCUGAGACGCCCUAUCAACAAGAGGUGGCUUUUCACAGUUCAGCCCAAUCUGGUCAGCCCUUAAUGAACCCUGACCUCUCUUCUCAGUGGAAAUACACGCCAAAUGUCCGUGCCCCACCACCAAUUGGGUACAAUCCUCUUUUGGCACCUACGAUUCCUUCUGGUCCUCAGAGAGAUGCGAGAACUGAAAGUCAAGUCAGAGCAGCUCCUCACAGAGAUGGAAUCAAAGCUCUGGAUUUUAUGAGAAGACAACCAUACCAGCUCAACGCUGCCAUGUUCAACUACGGGGGCAGUGUUUCAAAUCUGUCAGCUUUACCUUCUUACCAGGCUCAGCGGCAGCAGCAGGGAGGUGACUAUGGAAUAGUGGGAAGUUCCUUAACGACCCCCAAACAAAUCCCAGUCAAAACCGCACGUGUUUAUGAGAUUAAAAGAUUCUCCACCCCCACCCCCAUGUCUGCUCCCAGUUUGACGCCAAAAGUGAUAGCCCCCCGCUCGGCCACUACACUUGGAGACCGCAUUACCCGUUCAGGUACCACCUCCCCUCCCGCUGUUGCCCCCUUCUCACACCCUCAAGCUCCCGUAAGCAGUGCCGCACCUCCAGCCGCAGCUCCCCUUCCACCAGCCGGUCUACCCAGGCUGCCAACGUUUUCAGCUCCAGGUGUCCCCAAUCCAGUGCCCCCCUCCGUCCCCACACCUUAUACCCCAGUGUCAUACUCCAGCGGGCUCCAGUCGGCCAAGCAGUUUCAGAGUGCACCCGAGCUGAGUAUCUUGGCCUCUCUGCCCCCUCUUAAAUCAACUACAGUUCAGGCACCAAAGCCCCGCUUCGUAGCUACUAAGGGCGGUGUUCAGCCUCGUGUUUGGAGGCCGGGUGCAAUGUGAACAGUUGAAAGAGAAAGUCUGCUGGUUUAUAUUUAAACGGUGAACGUGGUAACGAAUGCAGGGCUGUGCGAUUUGAAAUUUAAUCAAGAUCAAGUUCAGAUCAGAUACAUGAAAAUGAAAUCUGUAUUGUUUAUGUUCAGGUAAUAAACAGUGAAAGCCAUUUUUAUGUGUUUUCAGUAAGACAAUUUCUGAAAAAAAGGAUGUCACCUAGCCCUGAAAUAAACAAAAGAAAAACUAGCUUAGACUGUGGAAAAAAAUACAAAUUGUCAAAUAUAUUUAAUUUCCCGGAAAUGUCACAAAGCUUUUGCUGGGCUUUUUGUAUUUUUGUUAUAUAUGUUGUAUUUAUGUUCACUGCCACUAUUUGAUACAUGUUGAAUAAAUAGACGCCAUGCAUGAUCAGCUAAAAAUAAAAUUCAUAAUAAGAUAUUGUGAAAACGUUUAGUACGGUUGUAAUAAGAGGCAGCGCUCUCAAUAGACGGUGAGAAUUGCUUCCAUAGCACUACAGGGCACAUUCAAGCAGUGCACAGAUGGACCCAUAGACUGUAUUAAUAUAUAUAUAUACACAGUCUAUGUUUAUAUAUCCAGUCUAUGUUUAUCUAUACAGUCUAUGGACGGACUCUUGUCACUCGAUAUCACUGCCUACGUGUUCACCUUGUCCAGACCUUAGUUUAGUGCAAUAGCAUUGUUUCUAGUCUGUGUAAACGUGUUCACUCAGAACUUGAAUUAAACAAAUAACAAAGCUAAUCUGUGGUUGUAUUUGUCAUUUGGUUUGUAAGAAAAUAGGAAAUAGAAAGGGUUACCAACUUGUACAAGGAUGAAAACGGUUGAGAGAACAAGGAAGUGAAGUAAAAACGUGCCAGUAGAACUCACAUGGCUGUUUACUUUAAUGAGCUAAAAUGAACUAUAAUGCGGUUUUGUCUUACAUUAGGCAUUAUCGGGAACGUUUAGAAUGUGAAGGAAGCUGGAAUAUGUAUGUUUCAUGUUUUAAAGUGAUGCUGGAGUCUUUGUGGUAAAGUGAUUUCAAUAGGCCUAAGUGCAAUCUUUCAGUAACCGUGUGCAUUUCUUGUACUUGUGUCUUGAAGUGUAGAUGUAUAAUACAAAUAGAUAUAUAACUGAA